AUGUUUUUUUUUAGUUUCUUUGUUAUUUAUAUAUUCAUUUUGUUCAAUUCUGUCUUUUCGAAAUUAAAUUAUCAAAAUGAACAGAUGGCAUCAUCUUUUUUAAAAUCACAUAAAAAUUAUAUUGUAACUAAAGAAGAUAUAAUUGAUGGAAUAGAAAAAUGUUGGUUUAAUGUAACAGAAUAUUUAAUUAAUGAAUCAAUAAAACAAGAAAAAGAUUACAGCAAUGAUAUUAAAGCAACGAUUAAUGCAUUGAAACAUAAAUUAGAUCAAUUAGUAACUGUUUCUUAUUCCAAUAAAAAAAUAGACACUGUAAAUGCAUCUUUUCAAUGGGCACAAUCACCAGAAAAUAUUUUUUUAAAUAUCAAAUUUUCUCAUAGGUGGAGUUCACCAGUUAAAGAUGAAGAAAUAAUUUCUAACAAAAAUCAUUUUUCUUUUUCAGCUCUUAGUAAUGAUUCUAAUUCAAUAACAAAAAAAUACAUUGUUAAUUUAACUCUCCUUCAUAAUAUAAUUGAAUCAGAAACAAAAUAUAAUUUCGCAUCUGUUGGCAAAGUUGUUGUCACAUUAAAGAAAGAAAAAAAAAAAAUUUGGAAUAGAUUAUUGUUAUCAAAAGAAAAAAAUCCAAAUAUGCAUGUUUGGUGGGACAUGAAAGAAAAAUAUCAUCAAAGUAUUCAAGAAUUUUUAAAAGAAGAAGAAAAAAAAAAAAAGAAACAUCUAGAAAAAAAAAAAAAUGAAAAGCUUGAAAGUGUAGAGAGAGAAAAUACAACAGGAUUAAAAGUAACAAAUGACAAUAAUAAUGAAGAGGGAACUAAUAAAGAAGAAAAAGACCUUUUAAUAGAAAAUAAAAAUGAAGAAUAUGAAAAUAAACAAAGAAAAGACAAAAGAGAAAGUGACGAAGAUGGAGAAUAUAGGGAAGAAGAAUAUGGAGAUGAAGAAGAAUAUGAAGAUGAUGAAGAAUACAUAGAUGACGAAGAAUACAUAGAUGGUGAAAUUGAAAAAGAAGUAAAUGAGGAAUAUUUAAAAAAUGUAGAAAAUGCAAAAAAAGAAGACAUUAAAAAAGCUGAGGAAUUAUAA